GAAGAACUGAUAUCGUGACUUCCAUUUUCUACUUCAAGAUGAAAUCUCUUCAGAUGACGGUGUUGAGAAAAGUAACAAAAGGGAGACAUUUGCAGAGAGAAUAACGUGACCGUGUUGAAGUACUACUCUGUCAGUUACACUUCCCGCACAGUUAAUCGACAAACGACAAACUGCCUUUGUAAUGGGAGUGAAUUUAUGCGUCUGGAUUCUUGGUCUCUACCUGGCCCUACCUUUGGAAGGGAUAUAUCCUCCACUCUGUCAAACAGGGUAUAAGAUUUCUAACAUUGGAAGUGGCUGUUCUGACAUUGAUGAGUGUGGUGAGGAAAGACAUAUUUGUGGGCAGUGGGGAACCUGUCACAAUAGGAAGGGAAGCUACUGGUGCAGUUGUCUCCAGGGAUUCCAUCAGGAAGGAGAUAUAACUUCUAUGUGUGUAGACGUAAAUGAGUGUAUAGGGGCUGGGAACAAAUACCCCUGUGGCAAGAAUGGAACCUGCUGGAAUCUGGAGGGCAGCUACAGGUGUCAUUGUCCCCCUGGAUUCACUACCUACGGCAACAACCAAUCUAAGUGUCAAGAGCUGAAUUGUGACCCUUUUGCAACUCCGAGUACACCUGAACAGACUCUACCAGGUUUUGACAGCCUCUUGUCUCUCCUGAGAAACAACUGUUUGGUGUUGAUUAACUCCUCUGGGUUGGCUGGAGCUACAGAAAAGACUGGAGAGGCGCUUUUGACAGGACUGGCCAAUGUCACUGAUGUUCUUCAACUCCAGUCCAAUGGUCAAGGUGGUAACAGCGGGAAAGUGACUACGCUACUGAGGACAGUAGAAAACUCUAUCAGACUGAUUGCUCCACAGCUGAGAGAAACUGUGAGCAGGAUAAAUACAAGCCAUACAGAGGUAGAAGUUGUGGUGAGGAGGGACAGGACACCACCCCGAGGACCAGUCAGACUGACGAAUGAAAACAUCCAACUUGACACCACCUGGGAGACGGCGAUCGGAGAUGACACGAAUUUCCCAGGUUUUGGGUUUGCCAUUUUGCUCAGCUACAAGAGUCUGCAGACUUUGACCAACAGCUCCGAGCAGCUCUCCUCCAGAGUGGUGACUGUAUCUGUUAGCAACCCCAACACAACAAACCUGUCUGAACCGAUCAUUCUCACCUUCAAUCACUUGAAGUCCAGUGAUGCGAAUACCACCUGUGUUUAUUGGUCAGAGGAUGGUGAGGGGGCUUGGUCAAUCCAGGGCUGCGCCUCCGUGAUGUCCAACUCCACCCACACUGUGUGCUCCUGCACCCAUCUCAGCAGCUUUGCCCUGCUCAGGGGAAUCCAAGAAAAUAAGAAAUGCAGACAGUUGCAGUUGGUGAUGUGGGCGGGCGCUUCCGUGGCGCUGGCUUGUGUGGUCCUAUCCCUGCUCAUGACCCUGUGGUGUCGCUUUGUCAGCAAAAAGCGCAAUGGAGGGAGCCGACCAGAACAGCAUUUUAACCUCUAAAGCACCCCAAUUUAGACAGCAGGGAUUUCUAAAAUCUCUUUUCUGUGUUUUGUAUAUAAUCCCACCCUAUGUCAAUUUACUGUAAAAUAACUAUUUAGACUGUGAACAAACUGUUAGAAAAUUUAAAUAUGAAGUUUCAGUUUCAACCUCAGUCAAUUGAUAAACAUGAUUUCAUGAAAUAUAUAAAUGUAUUUUGAUAUUAUUGAUUGUUCUCAAUUCCCAUCAAUGUCAAUUUACUUUUAUCACUGUUCAAUUGUACGUAGACGAGUUUACCAUAUCGUAUUAUUGUACAAGUUUAAAUAGCAACUCUGUUGUAAUCAAAGGAAGGAUGUACAUGUUUCUUCAUGAAAGACUGAGCACACCCUUUUACGCUCACUGUGUAUACUGGACACAUAGAAAGGGACAAACUGCACAUGCAUACCUACAUUACAUUCAUACUGUUAUGUGGCCGAUGGUCGGCGGCCUGGAGACCGGUUCAAGUGCAUCAGGCAGAUUGCGUGAAAACAUGAAACGAGGAGAACAAAACAUGCGUUAAACAGCAACCUCUUCAAAAUUUCAGGCUUUCUAAGUAGGUGAAGAACUGAUGGUCCAGGUUGAGUUUCUGUUUUGGUUAGAAUGUCAGAGAAUGAAAAACAUCUUUUAAAGGUCCUGAACAGUCAAAAUUGUGUUUAUCAUCCACAUUUAUUCUCUCAUUUUAUUUGUCUUAUUCUCAUACCCCAUUUAAAUAAGUACUGCCUUGUAACCAUCAUUGCAGAAGACAUGUUGGCAGUGGGACGUGGUUUACAUAGCUAGCUAGCUAGACUA